AUGCUCUCCUUUUUUGGGAAAAGCCGUUUUUUUCUUUUUUUGUUUUAUUUUGUAUUAGUUAUAAAAUUAUCACUUGGUAAAAAUGAGUAUGUUUCUCCAGAUGAAUUGAAUAUAAAAACAUCCGGAUUUUUAGGAUACAAAUGCGAUUUUUCCACCGAAGGAAUUCACAAUUUAGAACCUGAUAUUGUUGAAAGAAGAUCAGUAAUAUGUAGUGUAAAUUCAUAUUUUAUUUAUGAUAAAAUAAAACUAAUUGUGCCUAAACAGGAUGACCCCAACUCUAAAUUUAAAUUGCUACCAGAAAAUUGUUUUGAAAAAGUAUAUUCAGAUAUUGAAGGACAAAAAGAAAUACCAAUAGAAAAAACAGGAUUAGUAGAAUAUACACUUGAAAAAAAUGAUACUAAUAAAGAUUAUAGUGAAAGGAUUAUUCAAAUAUCGCCAUUUAAUAAUAAGGAUGUAGAAUUUUACUGCAUUUGUGACAAUACUGAACAAGUUAUAUCUCAUAUUGAUGGAAGAAGUGCAUUAGUACAUAUACGUGUAUUAAAAUAUCCCCAUAAGAUAAUAUCUGUUAAUUUAACAGAUAAAAUGUAUCCUUACCUACCUGAUACAUAUGAUAAAAAUAGCAUUGUCGAUUAUAAAUUAGAGGUCGGAUUAAAAGAAGGUGAACUACUAGUAUUAGCAUGCAAACAAAUUGACGAUAAAUGUUUUCAAAAAAAUGACGAAAGUAAAAGUGGGGAUUUGUAUAAAACUAAUAAACUUAUUUAUCACAAAGAUUUUACAUUAUUUAAAGCCCCAAUAUAUGUUAAAUCAAAUGAUGCUACUGCUGAAUGCAAAUGCAAAAUUAAUGAAACAAAUAUAUAUACCAUUACAGUAAAACCAGAAUAUGAUGAAAAGGUUAUACACGGAUGUAAUUUUUCAAAUGAUUUAUCUAUUCGCACAUUUACUAAUAAUAUGAAUUUAUUGAAGUAUAAUGAAAAUACAGACAUUAAUUGUAAUGUAGAAAUAGACCAGCCAUUUUAUGAUCAUUUAAUUGGUAUUAGUUGCCCUGGUACUAUAAUCCCAGAUUGUUUUUUCCAAGUAUAUAAGCCACCAAAUAAUGAAUUAAAAUCUUCAGAAAUUACUUAUUUGGAUUCACAACUAAAUAUUGGAAAUAUAGAAUACUAUGAAGAUGCACAUGGAAAUAAUGACGUUAGAAUUUUCUCAAUUGUUGGAGCAAUACCUCAAUCAGCAUCUUUUACAUGUAUGUGUAAAAUGGACAAAAUAACUGGUUUUAUGAAUAUUAAAAUUGGUUCUGCAUGUUAUGCCUUUCUCUCAAAAUUGCUUAUUAUAUUUAUUCCCUUACUUUUUAUGUGGCUAUAA